AUGAAUUUAACAAUACUCAUCAAUAUUCCAAAUCAAUACUCGUCAAGUCUCCGUCUGAUUCUCACAAUUAUCUUUGUUAUCAUUACUGGAAUUGGUUUAUUCGGCAAUAGUCUUGUUUUCCUUUCCAUAAUGACUAACCGAUUGAAAUUUCGUCAUUCACCAACAAAUCUUCUUCUUGUUAAUAUGUCUUGCGCAGAUCUACUGAUUCUUGUUUUUAACAUCUUCGAUAUUGCACAGUUUGCACUGGACGAUAAUUGGCCAACCGCUUGGCAUCUUGGUUUAUCUAUGUGUAAAAUCGUUCGAUUCAUUCAAGUAUUAGGCUGCUAUGUUAGUGUACAAACGCUACUGAUUAUUAGCAUUGAAAGAUAUAUUGCUAUUAUUCAUCCAGUCAAAUCGUCUCAAAUUAAUCGUCAUCGACGUGUUUGUUUCAUAUUUAUUUUAAUAUGGACCAUAGGGUUUCUUGCUGCUACACCAAAUCUUUAUCUACUACAAUUACAUUCGUUUUUCAAUCGUUCGCAUUAUUUUAUAUGUGGUUUAUCAGAUGAUCGAGCAGAUUCACAAUUCAUUAUGUUCUAUAAGUAUACCGAGUCCGUGUUCUUCUUCUUUUUACCAGCCGUUGUACAAACGGUUGCCUACAUGUUUAUUUGCUAUAAAAUCUUUUUGGUCGAUCGCGUUGUUCAAGCCCACUCUUUCGCCCAGCACACACAAAAGACAAAGAUUUCUAAUGUUCAUAAUCAAUAUUCGCAUUUCAAAUUAAGUUCUUCCUUUCAAUCGCCACUCAAUGCGAUCGUGUCAACAACAUCAUCACCACGUUCUCCCACUCAUAUUAUCACAACGACAACUACUCACGGAAACAUUGCACAUUAA